GUUCAAUUACGUACCUAGCAAAUUAGAUACCCACAUCUUAUGUGCAUUAGGUACACCCCAGGCAUUUAGACUUGCUAGAACAUACCUAUUAAAGUUUACGUAAACAAUUUCAUUACUUUCACAUCUCCUCGUCGGCUGUCAUUCAUUUCUCUUGAUCUCUUAAUCAUUUAUUAUACCUCAUUUACGUCAAUAUGCCGGUGAAGCGAAAAGCCUCAGGGACCGUUACAGGCCCUGCUAAGUCGGGAAAAGUCUCUACUACUUCGACACCCGGUCCCUCGACACCUCGAUCCAUCGAUAGCGACGAUGAUUCAGAUUCCCCAGACGAACCGGUCGAGAAUGAGGAACAACUACAAAAGGUCGUAGAUCGUUUCUCCCUUGCGACGUUUCGCAAUACCACUGCACAUCAAGAAGACUGGACUUCGAAUCGCUUCUUCAAAGGAGGAAGGCGGGAUUUCUCAUAUUUGCCUCUCAAGCCCGAUUUCAAAAGCCGCCCAAUAUGGAUCGAUCCCCAGCGAGGGCGAAUCAUUCUAGAAAAUUUCAGCCCCUUAGCCGAUCAGGCGAAAGACUUCCUUAUUACCGUUGCUGAGCCUUUAUCGCGUCCAACCUUUAUCCACGAAUACGCUCUUACGAGCCAUAGUCUCUAUGCCGCCGUAUCAGUUGGAUUACAACCCCGAGAUAUUAUAAAUACGCUCGAACGUUUUUCAAAAACACCCGUUCCAGAAUCGAUAACCAGCUUCAUCGGCAGUUGUGCUUCGAGCUACGGCAAAGUGAAGCUAGUCAUUAAAGAUACCAAAUACUUCGUGGAGAGUACCGACCCGGAAGUAUUGCAGAAGCUGCUCAAGGAUGAGGUCAUUGGACCCUGUCGUGUUAAAGGCACCGAAACUGUUACUAGCGCGCCUUCUAUGGCCGGCCUGGUAAUCCCAGGAACCUCUAACGCUGCGGGAGUACAACAAGCGCAGCUUAAGAAGGACGAAAAGGUACAAGCAGAGAACUCCGAAGGGACGAAACCGCAAGAUCCUUAUGACGCCCUGAGAGAAGACGACGAUGACGACAACCAGGAGGCCGUGCACGCUUUCGAGAUCUACGACACUUGCAUCGAAGUCGUCCAGAAGCGUGCCUUGGAGAUCCAAUACCCCAUGUUGGAGGAAUAUGAUUUCCGUAAUGAUGAUAGAAACGCGAACCUCGAGAUAGAUUUACGACCAGCUACGCAAAUUCGAAGUUAUCAGGAGAAGAGUCUGAGUAAGAUGUUUGGCAACGGUCGAGCCAAGAGUGGUAUCAUCGUCUUGCCUUGUGGAGCGGGUAAGACGUUGGUUGGCAUUACUGCUGCUUGCACAAUCAAGAAGGGCUGCAUCGUCCUUUGCACGAGUACGAUGUCAGCCAACCAAUGGCGGAACGAAUUCUUGAAAUGGUCUAAUAUCAGACCAGACGAUAUUGCCCUAUUCACUUCAGAACAUAAAUCGAGGUUCCCUGGCAACACUGGUAUUAUCGUUACGACAUACCCCAUGGUGACGAAUUCAGGCAAAAAGCGGGCCCAUGAUUCGCAAAAGAUGAUGGACUUCCUGACUGGUCGGGAAUGGGGUCUGAUGCUGCUCGACGAGGUUCACGUCGUACCCGCUAAUAUCUUCCGGAAGGUCUCCCAUUCAAUCAAGAGUCACGCAAAGCUCGGAUUAACUGCUACACUACUUCGAGAGGAUGAUAAAAUUUCGGAUUUGAACUUCCUUAUCGGGCCAAAGCUAUACGAGGCGAACUGGAUGGAGCUCUCAGAGCAAGGUCACAUCGCAAAGGUCCAAUGUGCCGAGGUAUGGUGUCCGAUGACAGCCGAAUUCUUCGACGAGUUCAACAGACAGAAGAAAAAUCGGAGUUUGCAACAGAACUUAUACGUCAUGAACCCGCGGAAGAUCCAGGCUUGCCAGUUCCUCAUCGAUUACCACGAGAGACGAGGCGACAAAAUUAUUGUCUUCUCAGACAAUGUUUAUGCCCUCAAGCAGAUUGCCUUAGCCCUCGGGAAAGCCUACAUUUGUGGAUCUACAUCAAAUAAUGAGCGGACGGUAGUGCUAGAAAAUUUCAUGCACAAUCCCCUCGUCAAAACCAUCUUUCUAUCCAAGAUUGGCGAUACCUCUCUCGACCUCCCCGAGGCUACCUGUUUAAUCCAGAUAUCAUCACACUACGGUUCCCGCCGUCAGGAGGCACAGCGAUUAGGCCGUAUCCUCCGAGCAAAGCGGAGGUCAGACGAAGGAUUCAAUGCCUUUUUCUAUUCGCUGGUCUCUAGGGAUACACCUGAAAUGUACUACUCAACCAAGAGACAGGCUUUUCUUGUAGACCAAGGAUAUUCUUUCAAGGUCAUUACGUCUCUGACCGGAAUGGAGAAGAUGGAAGGGCUUGUGUUCAAGACCCCUCAGGAGCGCCGAGAGCUCCUUGCAAAGAUUGUAACGGAUACGGAGAAGUCGGACGAUAGAGAUAGAGAUGAUCCUACAGAUGACGUAUUUUAUAUGAAUCCACGGAACAAAAGAAUCAGGCGUACUGCUGGCGCGCUUGACGAUCUCAGUGGUGGAAAGGACAUGGCCUACAUCGAACAGAGGAAGGGUGCAAAUAAGGGACUCAAGAAGAAGCCUGCCCAGAGUAACGCUUUCUUCAAGAAGAUCGCGAGGGAAAAGGAAAGGCUGAAGAAUUCGCGCUAGGAUAUUGUGAUAUAAUAAACUGUGCAUACUACCCGAGUGCGGGAAUGAAAGUUUUCGAGAUUGUGUGGGACAUGAAAGGUAUACCCCUAAUGGAAGGAUGGUGUUUUUUUUUUUUUUUUUUUUUUUUUUUCACCGCUGGUUGACGGAUAGUACGACGA